AUGCCGUCUCACUCCUUCAAGCGAAUCGGCAUCGUCGGAGCCGGCAACAUGGGCUCGAUGAUGAGCUUCGCCUUCACGGAGCUCGGGCUGGACGUCUCCAUCUGGGACGUGAAGCGCGAAAACGUCGACGGGAUCAAGAAAUGGUACGACGAAGGAAAAUUCAGCGGCAAGGGGAAAGUGGAAGGCUUCUACGAGAUCGACAAGUUCACCAAGAGUCUGGAAGGUCAAGGGGAACGGAAACUUUUUAUCUUCUCUAUCACCCAUGGCGAUCCCGCGGACUCCGUUUUGGAUAUGAUCCAGAAUGAUCUGAAGAAGGGAGAUAUCAUCCUGGACGGUGGAAAUGAGAACUAUCGACGAACUGAGCAGCGACAGAAACGGUGCAAGGAACUCGGCGUCAGUUGGAUCGGCAUGGGUGUCUCGGGCGGGUAUCAAUCGGCCCGCCAUGGCCCGAGUUUAUCGCCUGGCGGAGAUCCGGAAGCGAUUGAGCUUGUCUUGCCGUUGUUGGAGCAGUAUGCUGCCAAGGAUGAAAAGACCGGCAAGCCUUGUGUGACGAAUGUGGGACCUGCUGGUUCGGGUCAUUUUGUGAAGAUGGUCCAUAAUGGUAUUGAAGGGGGGAUGUUGUCUACCACGGCGGAGGCCUGGGCUUUGCUUCAUUGGGGGUGGGGGUUGGAGUAUCAGGAGAUCUCUGAUAUCUUUGAAGACUGGAAUACGAAGGGAGAGCUGCGGAAGAACUUUCUGCUCGACAUUGGUGUGCAGAUCCUGCGCACGAAGAAGACUCCUCAAGGCGACUACCAAGGCGAAGGCGCCAGUCAGAACGGCGGUUACGUGCUGGAUGACGUGCUCGACAAAGUCGUACAGGACGACGAUGACACCGAAGGAACGCCCUACUGGUCGGUUAUGGAGACUGCGAACCGACAUGUGGCCGGUCCUACGCUCGCCACGGCACACUAUAUGCGCAUCGCUAGUGGUAAUCGCGCUGAGCGACUGGAGGUUGCCAAGAAGCUCAACAUCCCCGGCCCCAGGUCUAUAGAGAUCAAGGAUCGCAAAGACUUCAUCGAGAAACUGCGUCGCGCCGUCUACUGCUCUUUCUUGGCUUCGUUCUGCCAGGGACUGGAGUUGAUCGCGCGCGCAUCCAAGGAUGAGGGUUGGAACGUCGAUCUCGGCAAGUGUAUUCAGAUCUGGCGUGGAGGAUGUAUUAUUCAGUCUGAAGCUAUUGCUGAUCUCCUGCAACCGCUCAUGCGUCCUGAUCUGACCAAUAUGAAGUUCCUGGACGAGGUCGCUCGAGAGCUGCACAAGCACUUCGACGCGCUAAAGGAGGUGGUGUUGGCGGCCACAGUGGCAGAUCAGUACAUUCCCGCGUUGUCUGCGACGUUAGAGUACCUGAAGUAUGAAGGAGGGACGAUGCUGCCUACGAAGUUCAUGGAGGCGCAGAUGGAUCUGUUUGGCGCCCACGCCUACUACAUACCGGGUGUACCUGGAGAGGAUCCGGGGCCGGUGAAGAAGGGACCUCACCACUACGAGUGGCGUCCAGCCUAA